UUUAGUGUAAAUUUUCUAGACUAUAAAAGCAAUGGAACGGAUAGUUACGAUUUAGUCGUGUCAAAAUUUACUAGGAUACUAAUUGUGAACAUGAAAUUAUUAAGUUUACUGUUGAUUGGUUUUGCAGCCUUUAUUACUGCUGAUUCCAAUGUAAGAAGUCCAGCUGACAACGAAAGAUAUGCUAGAAUAAUUUUGGACAAUGGAAGACCGAAUUUCCAUUGCGGAUUUCCUCACAUUGGAGAGUAUGGCAUCCCACCAAUUGAUCCAUUACUCAUUCAAGAAUUUAAUGUUACCCAAAAAUCAUUGGGAGUUGAUGUCGUUUCCACAUUGACAAAUACUCUCAUGCGAGGACUUAAAUUCUUCAUAAUUCAAAAAUUCAGCUUCAAUCCUGACCAAACAAUCGAAUACAUUUUCACAACUGAUUACGUAACAAUGGAUGGCGAUCACUGGACGAGAGGAACAAUGAUUGGACUUCCUGUUGUAAAUGGUGAAGGCAAGAUGUUUGGAGAGCAAUUUAAUUCUCAAUAUCAUGGAUUUAUUAGGUGGUCAACAGAGCCAGGUACUGGAUUCAUAUAUCCAGUCAGUCACACUGUGUCAGUUAAUAUUCAACAUAUGACAAUGCAAAUGAGUGGAUUCAGUCCUUUAAUUAAUGGCACAGUUAACCAACAAAUCAAUGAUUCGAUUCCUGAAAUGCUUGCAAGUCCCGAAUUCCAGUUACAAAUGAAUGACAUGUUGGAUAGAGUCAUAAUUCCAUUAUUUGAAGCAGUUUCUUACAGGCAAACAGUUGAUACGAUUACUGAUCAUUUGGCUUACUUGGCAAGCAAUCCAUCACCACCAACAUGCUAAAUAAAUUUUGAUAAAUUUCAAUGAAAAAGUUAAUAGAGUUUAUA